AAGGGGGCGAAUGGCUAUGGUGGAUGUACCAUCGCAGGGGGUCCAUCUCCACCGUCGCCUGGUGUGGCCGCGCGACAUCGCUGUGUGGGCGCUGACCGUAUGCCCCCUUUGGUCGCGGCCUUUAAAUGCUGCCUGGCAGCGCAUUCUUUCCCCGCAUUCUUUCUUCGCGAUUUUGCCUCUCUGCUGCGUGCACCCUCGUUCUCGAUCGGGCGCUCUCACUCCCCCCUUCGAUUGAGUCGCGAGUUGGGUCGUUUCAAACUACACAAAUCCGCAGUCAUUGUGGAUUCCGCGUCUCUGCUGCUUGCUUCUGGUGGACAUGACACGAGCUCCUGUGGAAGCGCUAUCGAUUUCCAGCACUGUCAGGACGAGCUUUCUCACUGAUUUCAACCCCUCGCCUUGCCCAGCCGAGACGCUCACGGCAGAAUGGUGGAAAGUCUUAGAAGGAGCAGAUCUUAUGGAAUUCAGCUCCAACGAGAAGCAAAAGAGUGUCUCCGCUAGGUGGGCGCAGCUAAAGAAGAAAGUCGGCAAGAUUACGCGAGGUCGUUCCGAGGACGAUGACAAUGCAACCAACCUUGCAAUCCAACACUGGCUCGAAGCUAUCGAUGCAACACAUCGUUACGGCCACAAUUUGCACGUUUAUUUCAAGUUCUGGGAGAAGAGUGACACAAAGGAGCCAUUCUUUUACUGGCUGGAUUACGGAGAAGGGAGAGGCGUGGAUCUGCCGGACAAAUGUCGCAGGUUCAAACUCAUGGAGGAGAAAAUUAUCUAUCUAGGACCUAAGGAGCGAAAGCCAUACGAAGUUGUGUUCGUCGACGGGAAGUUUUGCUACAGGCAGACCAAGAAAAACUUGGAUGGCGACCAGAUGAUCUUCGUCUUGAGCACAAAAAGGAAGCUGUACGUGGGAAAGAAGGAGAAAGGUAGAUUUCAGCACUCCAGUUUCCUAGCGGGAGGCCCUGCAUUAGCUGCUGGUCGUUUGACUGUGAAGGAUGGGGAUUUGAAGUGUCUUGAAGCACACAGCGGUCAUUACCGGCCGAGCGAGAUGAAUUUCAAAAACUUUGUCGACUUGUUGUCCUCCACUGGUGUGGACGUCACUACAAUGAUCCUCGCCGGUUCUCACGACGAAUCCAAAGGUCGACAGAGAUCUCUCAAGCGGCGGCAGAGCAGCCACGGGCAUGAAAUGCAAGACGCCCAGGAACAAUAUCAGGCACUCGUUCUGAAUGCCGACGCUGACAACGAGACUUCCGGUACAUUUUUUGAUCCCACAAUCUACACUCCUUUCGUGUAGAGGCAAGCUGGAGGAAGGCAACAAAGUGGAGCAAGCAAGCAAGCAUGCACCAGAGAUGACUCUACGCUCGUCUUCCUCGCGCUGUACAGAUUGUCCGAGAAGAAAGAAAAAGAAACAAGCGGACAAAGUCUCGCGAGAAAUGUACAAAAUGACUCAUUUUGUGAGAGAUUCUUUUGCAAAUUCUCAUCUAAUUCAACUCGAAGGAAAACAAAGUUUCGGAUC